AUGGCGUCCCUCGACCCAACCACGAAAUCCACAUAUGCCACCACAAACUGGGCCCACUACCGCCAAGGCCGCCCGCCCUACCCGCCCUCGCUCACCGAACUCAUCUACACCUACCACCGCCAACACCCGACCGCGCAAUGGGACCGGCUCGUCGACGUCGGCGCCGGCUCCGGCGUCGCCGCCACCAACUUCCUCCCCGCCUUCAACACCGUCCACAUCUCCGACCCCAGCCCCGCAAACCUCGACCAAGCGCGCGCCUUCCUCCCCGCCUGGGCAUCAAGCCGCGGCCUCAGCCCUACGCUAGAAUACUCCGCCGCCAGCGGCGAGGACGCACACCUGCACGCAGGCCCCAGCGCCGCCGACCUCGUAAUCUGCGCAACGGCCGCGCACUUCAUCGACCCCGAUGGGCUAGCCGCCUCAAUCGCGACGAUGCUGCGUCCCGGCGGCACGAUGGCCGUGUUCAGCUACUGGAUGCCGACGUUUCCCGGCCGCUCGCAGCGCUUCCACGACGUGUUCGCGCGGGUCUGGGACGCGCUCGUGCUGGGCGCGCUGGCUGCGCGCGAGCAGGAAGCGUGUGCGGGCGACGACCUGCGCCAGACGCGGCUCGCGCGCGUCGUCGCGCGCCGUGUCGCGGGGAACGGCGUCCUGGACUCUCUCCCUGUACCGCCGGAGUUCUUCACCGAUGCGCGGCGCGUGUAUAUCAACGCGCCGGCCGACGGGGGGAUACCGUACGCGGCGCUGUUCGAGAAGUUCGUGCCGGCGGAGCGGGGGAUUUCGCGGGUAAGUGAGAGCGAGGAGAUUGUGCAUUAUGAGACGGGCAGGGAUGCGGAGGCUGAGGGGUGGCUGUUUGAGGUCGAUCGGGAGUGGCUGCCGGGGUUUGUGGAUACGGUGAGGCCGGUGGCACUGGGGGAGGAGGAGAGGAGGGAGGCGUAUGCGGAGUGGGAGGAGGUGUUUGGGGAGGAGUGUCCUGGCGGGGUGUUGCAGGUGCUGUGGCCGGCGUAUUUGGUGUUGGCUACGCGGAAGUGA